UGCACACGUGACCCUGCGCAGUGAAAACAAUGUCGCUGUCCUGUGUUCAGAGGAGAUGUUUCCACUCAGCCGCGUGUUUGCUGAAGAAGCGUAAAACUGCGGCAGAGCAGCGCUGGGUGCUUCGGCAGCUCAGAGACCCGUACGUCAAAGCCUCUCACGCACAGAACUUCCGGUGCAGAAGCGCCUUCAAGCUGCUGGAGAUAGAUGACAAGUUCAGACUGCUGCAGCCCGGAUUCAGUGUGGUGGACUGUGGGGCUGCACCCGGAGCCUGGAGCCAGGUGGCCGUCCAGAGGGUCAACUCAGCCGGGACAGAUCCGGCGUUACCACGUGGUACUGUUGUCGGCAUUGAUCUGCUGUACAUCCCGCCACUGGACGGCGCCCACUUCCUGUCCAGCCAGGAUGUCACAGACCCGUCCACGCACGCCAAGCUGCUGGAGCUGCUCCCCAACCGCCAGGCUCACGUCAUGCUGAGCGACAUGGCUCCCAACGCCAGCGGUUUCCGAGACAUGGACCACGAGAAACUCAUCACAAUGUGUCUGUCUUUGAUAGACUUGGCCGAGAAGGUUUUACAGCCUCAGGGUUCUCUGCUUUGUAAAUACUGGGACGGGAUCCUGACUCGGAGACUCCAGGAGAAACUCUCGAGCGUGUUCGGCGGCGUUCGGACUUUAAAGCCGCAAGCAAGCAGGAAGGACUCAGCUGAGAGAUACUUCCUCGCUACGAUGUACAGAAAGCCAAUGAAGUGAUGCCUUUAAUUUCUCUAAUAUCUGCUGGCUUUCUGAUGAAGAGCUUCACUGAAUGCCUUUGAUCAAAAGGUGGCACUGUUGAGGCAUCGGUGAACCCCACUGCUCCAGGCACACACACAUUAAACACUGUGAUGCUGAUUUUUAUCCCUGCAAACUUAACACAGUAGCAGCAGCGAAUCAGUAAUAUGUAGACCUAUGCGAGCAUCAGUGUGAUAUUCCUCAAGAGCCCGAUGCUGUGUUUUCUCUGAAGUUAUUGUUUGCCCCAAGUGUUUGUUCUACACACUCGGUUUGGUAUUUGCUUUGUUCCAAAAAGUAAUUUACCACUGGUGCUUGUGCUAAUAAUUUGCACUGCCAGCCAUGUAGAAAUAUGUAAUCAUUCUCUCAUUGAGAGCUUACGAAGGGAAAAAAAACUAAUACAUAAGAGUCACAUACAGUAUGACUAAUGGGAAGUGGGAUGAUACUGAGGCUUGGCACGCUCACAAGUGUUGUUGGGCUCUGCUGUCUGACAGUAGAAACAUGUCCGUUUCCUGGGCAAAUAUUUUUUAAAUGAAGAAAAUUCUAUUUAUUGCAUUUGAACCUGUGAUUUUUGAUGUUGCACCACUGCUGAUUAAGAAUAAAAAGACAUUUUAUAAGCAUA